ACAAAUAUAUUUUAGGUUUCUUUUAGAUCACUUUAUAUCUCUGCUUAUAUCCUGAUGUAAUACACUGCUUUAUGCUGUUUUCAGGAUGCACUGGCCUUUCAUCCUUUCUAAUGCAAUCUCAUCUGGGACUUCGAUGUCCUUUAAUAUCUAAUUAGCUGUUGUGGUCAUUUAACAGACAGUUAAUAUGGUUAUCUGUAACUGUGAUCCAAAGGUCUUCGUUAAUGAAGCUGUUAUUGCACAAGAGAUGUGAGGAAUCGUCCAUAUAGAAGGGUUAGGCUAUUGUAAAGAGGAAUGAAAGAGCAAAGUUUGAAAUAACAAGGGAAUGCUGUAUAGGAAUACACAAUGCAGGACUAAGUGGGAACAGUUCUUGAAAACUGUAGUUUAACCUAUAAUAUUUCAAAGUGCAGUCUUAGGCUUUUCCUUGGAUAUUUACUUUGGUAGACCCAGCAGGUCUGUUUAACAGACCCUGCUGACACACACAUAAGUGGCUAUAGGAUUUUUUUGGUAUAUUAUGACCCAAGUGCUAUCUUGGGUUCAGUGCUUAAAGUUGUGGGAACAGUCAUGGCUCCUUAUGGGAGAAAAUCCCUCUAAAGUCACUUUCACCAGAGAGCACCUGGAGAGGGGGUGAGCGGCUCACUGACUUAGGUAGUUUGGAAUAAGUUCACAACUUUUACUUUUGUUCCAUAGAGAGGCAAAGAAGCUAGUAGGGGUUUUUUUAAGUGUGUUUCAGAAUUGAGCCAGCUAGCAUUGCCAAGGUUGCAGGAGUGUCAUUUCCUCUUCUUUAACUGGAAAUUACAAAUAACACUCCAUAUUGUAUUGCUGGAAAUAGCAAAUGACACUGAAUACUGUAUACUAGGACCAACCUUGGGCACAGAGAAAAAUUCUCUCAGGCCUUGGUACUUCUGUUAUUUUUACACAGUGAGUGACAGAGCAUCCAAAGACAUUUACAAAAUUUCUGGAGUAGCAUCUCUAACAUCAGUUGCCAAACUGCCCGGUGAGCCCUACAUACAAACCUGGAGGUUGUUCUCGUGCUGUGAUACAGUGACUUGCUGUGAAGAUUCAGGGUCUUGAAAGUACUUGGAAACAGUAGUUUGAUGAGUGAUGCUGUCCCAGAAAUCCACAUGAGCUGUAAUUCAGAGACACCUGUGCUGCUCUGUUUUAGAGUCAGUGUUGACUUUAUGUUCUGUCCUGUUUAGACCACUUGGACUCCUAAUGGAGCAGGUGCUGCUGUUGUUGGAAGAAAUAACAAACCAGAUGUACCUUCUGUAUGUUCUGAUAAGACUGCUGUGGGAAAAGCAAAGGUCAUCGGAGUUGUGACUUGACUCUUGAGCUUUAACUGAGCUCUACAUGAAGCAUAAAAUGUUUCUCUGUUUAAGGUCAAGUCAUGGAUUAUCAGGCCUUUAUGGUAAAACAUAAAACUCUGGAAAAAAGCCUCUCUUCUAAUAGAUUUCCUGGUAACUCCCCUGAGAAAUCUGAUAUAAGAAAUUAGUGUCUCAGAAUAUAGUAUCACAGUUGGAUUAAAAAGGUUGGGAGGAAGAAAAGGUGGAUGAACUUGAGUGUACCAGAGAGAACUUUUCAUAUAAUUUGGUAGAUCUCACCUUCACUUCCCUUUGCCGUUUCUGCCCUUUUAGGAGAAACCAAAUUUCUGUGGAAGUUUUCCCUUAUGCAGUUUCACACAGACUGAUAACGUGUCCUCAAUAAAAAGUGAAGAGGAAAGAUUUUUUUUGUCAUUUCUUGUCUAUGGAGCUCUUGGAAUAAUUAUCACCUAAGGUGUAUGGGCUCUGGGAUAGAAGGUAGAACAUUUAGUUUGUUGGCUUUAUGGACCGAAUUGUUGUCAUUUGGUCAGAAGUCAUUUUAGAAGCCUCCACAUAAAGUGUGUGCUUCUUGAUUGCUUUUCAGGCUUCUUAACUUUCUCCCUGGAUAACAUGGUGCAAGUGGAAAAUGCUCAUUGUACAGAUUCUCCCAUCUUUAGCCUGUGUUACACCAAAAGUGUGAAUGCUUUGUUUGUCUGUGUCUAAACAAAGUUGAUGUGAGCCUGUGUCACAACUGUUAUGGCUUGGGAUUAAUGGUGAGAGUUGUUAGGUUCCUGUUGGGUUUUGUGCUGGAUGUUCCCAGCAUAGGGAAAGUUGAUGAAUGUUUUUGAUCAUUUAGUAUGAAUGAUUUUUGGUUAUUUACAUAAAUAGUUUUAGCUGUGAAUUUUCAUAGGGUGAAAAGACCUUUGGCCUCUGUUGGGUUUUAAGAGUUAGUCAUACUGUCUUUCAUGAGCUUCUUGAACUAGAUAAUUCACUUCCAUUUUUUUUUUUUUUGGCAAGAGAUGAUGCCCAUCAUGUAAUUCAGUUUUGAUGGUGGUUUCUGGAAAGUUUUUUAGCUGUUUUACAUCCAGAACCUGAAGUCUAGGUAGUUUGUGGGUUGUCACAUUUAAUUUGAAACUGCUGUCUGGGCAGCGUUGCUGAGAGUGCUGUUAAAAAAAAUCAGUAUUGUCAUCUACCCUGACACUAGCAAGGCUGUCAAAGCAGGUUUGACUGAGGCAGCUGUACGUUUUUGGAAAUAUGCAAGCUGUUGUGUGCACAACUGUUGAAGUAGUAAACUCAGUGGGAGAAGCAUGAAGGGAAAGGGAAGGGAAUCCCUGUUACUGUCUUAAUAAACAACAGAAAAACCCCCUUGUAGUUAACAUUUUCCUUUCUAGAGAUAGUUAAUGUUAGAAAAUUGGUGGUUUUAUUUUUUCCCCUUACGAUAUUUCUAAACUUUAUGUAAGUGAGAAUCCUGUCUAAAUAGUAUUUCAUCAGUGAUUUACCCCUGUGGGGAUGGGGGAAUAACUUGUGCUUUGCCCUUACCCUUCAUAGCAUACAAUGGAGAGGGCCUUGAUUUAAAGGCAGUGACUUUACUCUUCAGUUGCUCUACCUUUUUGAGGCACUAAUUUUUUUCAAUUAUUUGGUUUUGUAUUUGACUGUUUCUCUUAGGAGAAUAUUUUGUUUCCUGCUCAGUUUGUAACUGGCUAGAAUGUUCCAAAGUCAGCAAUCUAGAGCCCUGGGUGAGGAGUUUGGGUCGUGCUUUAAGUCACUACCACUGCUCUUAGGGACAAAAAACCUUUAGAACUUGGAGUCCUGCCUGUCCCAUGCUGGAGAGCACAAGAACCUUGAUGAGAAUCCUACCAGAAUGCAAUUCUGCUUCUUGGAAAUGAAGAUGCAAUGGAUCAGCUUGAGCAGAGGGUAAAUGAAUUUUUUAUGAACGCAAAGAAAAACAAACCUGAAUGGAGAGAAGAACAAAUGACAUCAAUCAAAAAAGAUUAUUAUAAGGCUUUGGAAGAUGCAGAUGAAAAAGUGCAACUGGCUAAUCAAAUAUAUGAUCUGGUGGACCGUCAUUUGAGAAAAUUGGACCAGGAACUCGCUAAAUUUAAAAUGGAACUUGAAGCAGAUAAUGCUGGAAUCACAGAAAUAUUAGAGAGACGGUCUCUGGAGCUGGAUACACCAUCACAGCCUGUGAAUAACCAUCACGCCCAUUCUCAUACUCCAGUAGAGAAAAGGAAACACAAUCCAUCUUCUCACCACAGUACAACAGAUCAUGUUCCUGAAAAGAAGUUUAAAUCUGAAGCUCUUCUAUCUACCCUGACUUCAGAUGCUUCUAAAGAAAAUACACCAGGAUCCGGGGCCGGUGCAAUUACCAUGGCAGCAGCUCAAGCAGUGCAAGCCACGGCACAGAUGAAGGAGGGAAGACGAACAUCCAGUCUAAAAGCCAGCUAUGAAGCAUUUAAAAACAAUGAUUUUCAGCUUGGAAGAGAAUUUUCAUUGUCCAGAGAUUCAGCUGGAUAUUCGUCAUCAGCUCUGGCAUCUACGUUAACACAGACAUUAAGUUCAUCAACCACAGAUUCACGAAGUGGCAGAAAAAGCAAAAACAACAACAAAUCCUCAAGUCAGCAGUCCUCGUCAUCUUCUUCUUCUUCCUCUCUGUCAUCAUGUUCUUCUUCAUCUGCACUAGCACAAGAACUGUCUCAGCAAACAGCAGUAAUACCAGAGUCUGAUUCUAAUAGCCAGGUUGACUGGACCUAUGAUCCAAAUGAGCCACGUUACUGCAUUUGUAAUCAGGUGUCCUAUGGUGAAAUGGUAGGCUGUGAUAACCAAGAUUGUCCUAUUGAGUGGUUCCACUAUGGAUGUGUUGGACUGACAGAAGCACCAAAAGGGAAAUGGUACUGUCCACAGUGUACAGCUGCAAUGAAGAGAAGAGGCAGUAGACAUAAAUAAGUUUCUUCAUCUGGAAAACAAAUUGUGUACUAAAGGUUUUAUAGAGGUCUUAGGAGCGGAGGGGGAACUCCCACAACACCUGCUUGCAACCACUGAAGAGUUAACAUGGCAGUCAUAGAAUGGUUGGGACUUAAUGGAAAGGACCGUAAAGAUCAUCUAGUUCCAGCCCCCAGUCGUAAGAUCAUGAAUAUUGGUUUUGCUAGUUGUGUUUUAACAUUCUAAGUAAAUUAUUUACGCACCUUGAUGUGCUACAGAUAAUAUUCCAGUGAGCCUUGGAUUAUUCCAGUGGCCAACAUAUGCAGAGAUUUGUACUAUCAAACCAUUUUCUCUAAGCACUGGGCAUUCUACAAUUAUUUAAUCUUCAAAGAAUUCCGAUAAGUCAAGGUUUUAAAUGUAUGUUUUAUAUACAAGAGAUAUAUUCUGCUGCAUGUACUGUACUCAAGAGCUGUUACGUAACACUAUGUAUAUAAAUGGUGCAAAAAGUCAGUGCUUCUGAAAAGAAAGAGACAAUGUUUUUAAAAUGCCUUUAUAGCUUUGGUUCUUUAUGAAACUUAAUUCAGCAGGCUGAAGAAAAUGGUUCUUGUAUACAGCGGGCUGUUGUCCUUUAGGGUACUCAAGUAUGUAAAAACAAAAAAAAUGCUGUAGAAUAAAACAAACUUGUGCCAUUAGUCUUUAUAUGUUUCUGCUCCAGAGAAGGUGGGGGCCAUAAGAGGAAAAAAAGGUGUUAAAGUGACAAUAAAUUUUUAUACCAAAUGUGUUUAUUUUUUUGUGCAAGUAAUCCUUUAAAUUUGAAUUGUAUUAGGUGUAAAAUAAAACAACCUCAACUCCUCAAA